GGCCAAUGGGCGGCCGGGACGCGGGGUUCCCUGGGGGCCUUGCGGGACGGGCGCUCGCGCUGUCGCCUUCCGCGGUCAUGGAGCCGGCCGGAGGCUCGGGCACAGACCCCGCCAAGGCCAUCAGGCCCAUUGAUCGGAAGUCAGUCCAUCAGAUUUGUUCCGGGCAGGUGGUCCUGAGCCUUAGCACCGCGGUGAAGGAGUUGGUAGAAAACAGCGUGGACGCUGGUGCCACGAACAUCGAUCUAAGACUGAAAGACUACGGGGUGGACCUCAUUGAAGUUUCAGACAACGGAUGUGGGGUGGAAGAAGGAAACUUCGAAGGCUUAACUCUGAAACACCAUACUUCUAAGAUCCAAGACUUUGCCGACCUAACCCAGGUUGCAACUUUUGGCUUUCGGGGGGAAGCUCUGAGCUCACUGUGUGCACUGAGUGACGUGACCAUCUCCACCUGCCACUCGUCUGCCAAGGUCGGCACCCGGCUGGUGUUUGAUCACAGCGGGAAAAUCCUCCAGAAAACACCCUGCCCGCGCCCCAGAGGGACCACGGUCAGCGUGCAGCAGUUGUUUUACCCGCUGCCUGUGCGCCACAAGGAGUUCCAGAGGAACAUCAAGAAGGAGUAUGCCAAAAUGGUCCAGGUCUUGCAUGCUUACUGUAUCAUUUCAACGGGCAUCCGUGUGAGUUGCACCAACCAGCUCGGACAAGGCAAGCGCCAGCCUGUGGUGUGCACAAGUGGGAGCUCCAGCAUAAAGGAAAACAUCGGAUGUGUGUUUGGGCAGAAGCAGCUGCAGAGCCUCAUCCCCUUUGUUCAGCUGCCCCCCAGCGACUCUGUCUGUGAAGAGUACGGUCUGAGCUGCUCGGAAGCGCUGCACAAUCUCUUCUAUAUUUCAGGUUUCAUCUCACAGUGCACCCAUGGUGUUGGAAGGAGUUCAACCGACAGACAGUUUUUCUUCAUCAAUCGGCGGCCUUGUGACCCAGCAAAGGUCUCCAGGCUCGUGAACGAGGUCUACCACAUGUAUAAUCGGCACCAGCACCCGUUUGUCGUUCUGAACAUUUCUGUCGAUUCAGAAUGUGUGGACAUCAACGUGACUCCAGAUAAAAGACAGAUUUUACUGCAGGAGGAGAAGCUCUUGCUGGCAAUUUUAAAGACCUCUCUGAUUGGAAUGUUUGACAGUGACGUGAACAAAGUGAACGUCAGCCAGCAGCCGCUGCUGGAUGUUGAAGGUAACUUAAUAAAAGUGCACACAGCGGAAACGGAGACUCCUCUGCCCGGGAAGCAGGGUAGCCCUGCCUUGCUGGGGGCUCCAGGAGGGGAGCAGAGAAGGGCAGUAUCUGUUUCCCGACUGAGAGAGGCCUUCUCCCUUCGCCACACAGCAGAGAACAAGGCUCAGGGCCCAAAGACUCCGGCCCUGAGUCCCAGAUGCAGGCCGCGGGAGACGGGAGUGCCACCGCCUAGCGCCUCAGGCCCCAGCCCUGGCCCCGGCAGAGGCUGGCCGGGCCCUCGGGCGGAGGCUGUGAGUCCCAUCAAGGGCCCCGGAGACCACAAAGGCCUGGCGGGCACAGAGGAGGACCCUGGGCCCAGCAGCGCCCCAGCCAGCUCAGGGGAAGGGCUCUGCGCCCUGGACUGUGCAGUGAACUCCCCGGAAGACGGGCCCCCGCGGGAACACGUGUCGCCCUGCGAGGGUGAGACAGAAUCCAACGGGAACUGCCGCGAGCAGUGUGAACGCGCUCAAGUUCCGCCUGCACCUGCUGAGCUCUCAUCCCCGAGCGCCAAGCGUCGGAAGAAGGAUGGCGCUCCCUCCGGCCCGGACCUUCCCCGCGGGCCGGCGUCUCAGCUUGAUGUGGCUGUGAAAGUCCCUAAGAGAGUGGUGCCCCUCGACUUCUCCAUGAGUUCUUUAGCCGAACGGGUGAGGCGUCUGCUUCACCGAGAAGAGCCAGGUGGAGGCGAGCAGAACUACAGGAGGUUCCGGGCGAAGAUCUGCCCUGGGGACAACCAGGCGGCCGAGGAGGAGCUGAGGAAGGAGAUCAGUAAAGCGAUGUUUGCAGAGAUGGAGAUCAUUGGCCAGUUCAACUUGGGGUUUAUAAUCACCAAACUGCACGAGGAUCUCUUCAUAGUGGACCAGCACGCCACGGACGAGAAGUACAACUUCGAGAUGCUGCAGCGGCACACCGUCCUGCAGGGCCAGCGGCUCAUAGCGCCUCAGGCUCUCAACCUGACCGCUGUGAAUGAAGCCAUUCUGCUAGAGAACCUGGAGAUAUUCAGGAAGAAUGGCUUUGACUUCGUCAUCGAUGAAGCUGCUCCAGUCACGCAAAGGGCUAAGCUGGUCUCCUUGCCGACCAGUAAAAACUGGACCUUCGGGCCCCAGGACAUAGACGAGCUCAUCUUCAUGCUCAGCGACAGCCCUGGGGUCAUGUGCCGGCCCUCGCGCGUCCGCCAGAUGUUUGCCUCCAGAGCCUGCCGGAAGUCCGUGAUGAUUGGCACCGCCCUGAACCCCAGCGAGAUGAAGCAGCUUGUCACCCACAUGGGGGAGAUGGACCACCCCUGGAACUGUCCCCACGGAAGGCCCACCCUGCGGCACAUCGCCAAUCUGGCUGUCCUUUCUCAGAAGUGACUCUGACUCGUCUCGUGGCAGAUUUUCCUGUUUUAGGAGACAGGGUCUCAGUUAACCCUCGUGUUGUCUCACAGCUAACCUGCUGCUUUAGGCCCCGAGAACCUGUUCAGAGCGUGGGGAGCCUUGCUCGCAGGGGUUCUGUGUGUGUGCGUGCGUGUGCGAGUGUGUGUGUGCGUGUGAGUGUGCUACAGAAGAAGCAACACUUACUCAGGCCUCCGCUCUUGCUGGACGUAUUUUGAUCUGCGCCCGUCAACCCUGAUGAUUCAGCUCCUAUCGGCUUAAUUUCGUAAAUUUAAAAUCAAGGUCCUGUGGAGUCAAUGGUUCUGAACUGUGACGCACACCAGAUUUUAAAAAAGGAAUGAUCCAAGGAGCCCGGGGGAUCGUGUGAAUGGGGCUGGGUUCUCGCCGUUCACUUGUGCCCUGUGUGCAGCGUGCUGUCCCAAGCAGGGAAGGGACAAGGCCUGGGGUGCUGGGAUUUGUUUCUUUGGGCUGUGAGCUGUGGGACACGUUUUCGUGGAAUCUCGUCCCGUCUGAACUGUGCAAAGAGUGGAAGGAACGGGGUCAUUUUUGGCCCGGGGCAGCAUUCCUCAGACAGAACAGGACUGGCAGUAAUUGUCAGCUAUCAGCUGUCAGCCACCGUGCUGGGGGGUCGGGCAUCCCAGAGGGGGCUGUGUGCCCUCCCCAGAAGCUGCGGCUCUGUCACCCUGCAGGGCAGAGGGGUCUCUGCAGCUGUGUUAGGGGCCCCACGGCUCCCGCUGGCCAGAGACCCACACUGCUGGCCUUGAGGCCAGGGGAAGGUGCCAGGAGCCAAGGCGUGCUUGAAGCUGGGAAAGGCCAGGGAAUGGACUUUGUCCUGGAGCCUCGGAAGGAGCCGGCCACACUGGACUGCUGAACAAAGCUGUCACAUAAUAAACGUGAUGCUUCAAGCCACUA